GUUGUGUUCUUCCUGCUGCUAUGGUUACAAAAGUUACACUACCUCUCUCCCCCCUUGAUGACCCCACAGCCAUAUGGGCGGAGUAGACGCUGCACAUACCCCGCCUCCCAACCCUGGCCCCUCCCCCCUGCGCCCAGAGGCUCCUCCCACCCUGUUGGAGCUAGAAGCCCGUCUGGCGCAGUACGAGCGGAGAGUGAGAGAGGAGGAGGAGGAUGGAGGGAGAGAUGAAAGGAAGGUUCCGGACCUUCAGAAGGAUGACAUGAUGGCCAGGAAGACAGGCGCGUUCCCCAGGAUCCACAACACCACGACAACAACAUUCAACCGCUUCCUACCACUGCCGGGUUCCAAACGCCCAGCACAGGAAGUAGUCACAGACAGGAAGCUACAGCAAUCCAAGGUCUCCAUGGACAUGCCUCAACAGCACCCCAACGUGGCAAUGGUCGUCAGGCCGCCCGUUCCCAGCCAUUGUAACUAUGAUGAUGAUGAUGAGGAUGAGGAAGAGUGCCCUGUACCAGACCUGGAGAAGGAUGAUAUGUUGGCUCGUAGGACCGGGGCAUACCAACACAGCGCGGGGAGAACCGGACGUUCCUUUAACCUGUUCCUGCCUGUCCCUGGAGCGGCCCAACAGAAGAACACCCCCUCUGGUGGACCCAACCAACUCUACAAGAACACCCCCUCUGGUGGACCCAACCAACUCUACAAGAACACCCCCUCUGGUGGACCCAACCAACUCUACCAGAACACCCCCUCUGGUGGACCCAACCAACUCUACAAGAACACACCCUCUGGUGGACCCAACCAACUCUACCAGAACACCCCCUCUGGUGGACCCAACCAACUCUACAAGAACACACCCUCUGGUGGACCCAACCAACUCUACCAGAACACCCCCUCUGGUGGACCCAACCAACUCUACCAGAACACCCCCUCUGGUGGACCCAACCAACUCUACAAGAACACACCCUCUGGUGGACCCAACCAACUCUACCAGAACACCCCCUCUGGUGGACCCAACCAACUCUACCAGAACACCCCCUCUGGUGGACCCAACCAACUCUACAGACACAAACAGCAACCCAGGUACAGACAGGACAACAGACUGACACACUGAUGAUGCUUGGAGACUUGGUGCUUUGCUUACC